AUGAUCUCCUCGAGCAAGCUGAAGUCCGUCGACUUCUACAGGAAAAUUCCUAGGGAUUUGACGGAGGCAUCACUAUCUGGUGCUGGAUUAUCCAUAUUUGCAGCACUGGCAAUGGUGUUUUUGUUUGGAAUGGAGCUGAGUAGUUACUUAGCAGUCAAUACCACCACAUCUGUAAUUGUUGACAGGAGUUCAGAUGGGGAGUUCUUACGGAUAGAUUUUAACUUGAGCUUUCCUGCGCUUUCAUGUGAAUUUGCAUCAGUUGAUGUCAGUGAUGUGCUGGGAACAAACAGACUAAACAUAACGAAAACUGUUCGCAAGUUUUCAAUUGAUCGGAAUUUAGUACCUACUGGAUCUGAGUUCCAUGCUGGACCUAUACCCACUGUCAACAAACACGGAGAUGAUGUUGAAGAAUACCAUGGUGAUGGUUCAGUUGCCUUGUCCUCUCGCAAUUUUGAUAGCUAUUCUCACCAGUACCCUGUUUUGGUUGUCAACUUUUAUGCCCCCUGGUGUUAUUGGAGCAAUCGUCUGAAACCUUCAUGGGAAAAGGCUGCGCAAAUAAUAAGGGAGAGAUAUGACCCUGAAAUGGAUGGCAGAAUUCUUCUCGGGAAAGUUGACUGCACUGAGGAAGUUGAACUGUGUAAGAGGCACCAUAUACAAGGUUACCCAUCAAUUCGCAUUUUUCAUAAAGGGAGUGAUAUGAAGGAGAAUCAGGGUCACCAUGAUCAUGACUCAUACUAUGGGGAACGUGAUACCGAAAGUUUAGUCGCGGCAAUGGAAACAUAUGUUGCAAAUAUUCCAAAAGAGGCCCAUGUGCUUGCUUUGGAAGACAAGUCCAACAAGACUGUUGAUCCUGCAAAGCGUCCUGCUCCAAUGACCGGUGGCUGCAGAAUAGAAGGUUUUGUGCGGGUCAAAAAGGUUCCUGGCAGUGUUGUAAUAUCAGCUCGAUCUGGUUCACACUCGUUUGAUCCAUCUCAGAUAAAUGUUUCCCACUACGUCACAACAUUCUCAUUUGGCAAAAGGCUCUCAUCAAAGAUGUUCAAUGAACUGAAAAGACUAUUUCCCUAUGUUGGCGGACACCAUGAUAGAUUAGCUGGUCAGUCUUACAUCGUUAAGCAUGGUGAUGUCAAUGCAAAUGUUACUAUUGAGCAUUACCUACAAAUUGUAAAGACUGAGCUGGUUACGCUGAGAUACGCAAAGGAGUUGAAAGUGCUUGAAGAAUAUGAAUACACAGCACACAGCAGCUUGGUGCACAGCUUCUAUGUCCCUGUUGUGAAAUUCCAUUUUGAGCCUUCUCCCAUGCAGGUCCUGGUGACUGAACUUCCAAAAUCGUUCUCCCACUUCAUCACAAACGUCUGUGCUAUUAUUGGUGGAGUUUUCACGGUGGCCGGCAUACUUGACUCCAUCUUGCACAACACGCUAAGGUUGGUGAAGAAGGUUGAGCUAGGGAAGGACAUUUGA